AGCAUACAGCUGCAUCCUUAUUUUUGUUCCGUUCAUUUCAUUUUUUUCGUGCGGCCCCUGCUCGGCGACGCCACUGGCAUUCAAGGCAGAGGCAGCGACUACUGCUAGCUUUAUAGCUGGCUGGCUCUGGCACUGGCUGUUUUGCUGACUGCCUCGCUGUGGACAGAACGAAAGACAGGCGGCAACUAAAGCGGCGGUCGCAAGCGAAAUUUGUUUAAUAUUAAAUACAAAUACAAAUACAAAUACAGCAGCAGGCAACGACGCUACAACUAUAAUAAUAAGAAUAACAUACAUCAUUAAAAAAAAAAAAAGAAAAGGCAACGGUGACGAAAACGGGAGACGAAGCGGAGCAGCGCACAGGCUAUACGAAAAGUUUUUGAAAAACGCCAAAAGCCGUGGGCUAAGCGAUAGACAUACAGCAGAGAGGCAAAGACAGCGUCCCAGCGGUCAGUAGCAGCAACAGCGCUGCGCCACUCACUCAUCCAAUCUCCAUACCACAACUGCAUCCACAUUCGCAUCCGCAUCCACACAAGGCAGAAUCGAGGCAGAAAUAUGUCGAACGGCAAGGCGACGGCUUCGUUCUUUGAGAACGGCAGCACCUCACAGUUCGAAUACUGCUAUCAGAUGUAUCCGGAGGUGCUGAAGAUGAAGGCGGAGAAGCGCAGCAAGAAGCCACAGGAGCUGAUCCGUUUGGAUCAAUGGUUUCAGAACGAGCUGCCCGGCCUGAUCAAGGCGCGAGGGAAGGAUAAGCAUUUGGUAUACGAUGAGCUUGUCCAGGCCAUGAAAUGGAAACAGUCGCGCGGCAAAUUCUAUCCGCAAUUGUCGUAUCUGGUCAAGGUGAAUACACCGCGCGCCGUCAUCCAGGAGACAAAGAAGGCCUUCCGCAAGCUACCCAAUCUGGAGCAGGCGAUCACAGCUUUAUCGAACCUCAAGGGCGUCGGCACAACGAUGGCAUCCGCCCUCCUAACAGCCGCCGCUCCCGAUUCCGCGCCAUUCAUGGCCGACGAGUGCCUGAUGGCCAUACCAGAGAUCGAGGGCAUCGACUAUACGACCAAGGAAUACCUCAAUUUCGUGCAGCACAUUCAGGCAACAGUCGAGCGCCUCAAUGCGGAGGUCGGCGGCGAGACGCCGCACUGGUCACCGCAUCGCGUCGAGCUCGCCCUCUGGGCGCACUACGUGGCCAACGACCUUAGUCCCGAGCUGCUCGAAGAUAUGCCCCCGCCAGGCGCCGCCGCCGCCGCCGCUGCCAACACAAAUGGCAGCCUCAGCAAGACGAACAACAGCAGCAGCAGCAAGGACCUCGAUGGCGAGGAGGACACCAACGAUGGCGUCGCCGUCGAUGUCGACGAGGAGAGUCUCGGCGCAGGCGGCGGUCGCAACACUGCAACAGAGUCGGAAACGGAGAACGAGAACACCAAUCCGUUGGCCCUGACGCCGCUGGGCAACUCCGGCGUUGCCAAGAACAACAACAACAGCAGCAGCAGCAACAACAACAACAACAGUAACAACAACAACACUGCCGCCGCCUUGCAGGACGGCGAUUCGAACUUUGUGUCGAACGAUUCCACCUCACAGGAGCCGAACAUUGAUGACAACACCACGCAGACCACGGCCACCACAUCCACGGAGGAUGGUGAUGGGCCGAUGGGCGUGGCUACGCCGCUCGCCUCCGAUUCGGAAAGUAAUCUCGAGGCGCCGCUCAAAAGUCGCCUGGCGGCAGCUGGACCAGCAGCAGCAGGAGCAGCAGCAGGAGGAGCAGAAGGAGCAGCAGCUGUUGCCCCGUCGCACAACAACACCAAGCAGAUCAACAAUAAUGGACAAAGCGUUGCGCAGCCAGCGGCAGCUGCAGCGGCUGCAGCUGCAGUUCCAACUGCUGCCGUCGCCGCCGCCGCAGCCAAUGGGAAUGGGAAUGGAAACGGAGUUCUUGCGCUGGGCGGUGCGGCGGCAGCGGCAGCGGCUGAUGUUGAUGAUGAUGACGAUGAGGAGGAGGAUGAGGAGGAGGAUGAUGAUGAUGAUGAUGUUGAGGACGAUGAUGAGCUAGAGGCUGAUGAGAGCAACAGCAGCGGCAGCAAUUUGCGUGCCAGCAAACUGCAGCAUUUGGCAGCUGCCGCUGCUGCGGCGACGACAGAAGCGAAAGCGCUGACAGCGCCAUCUAUUGGACAGAAGCGCACCGCGCUGCACUGUGAGUUGGAGGGGAAUAAUGCAUCUGCUGGCGCUGCUGCUGCUGCUGCAGGCGACAAAUCGCCAGAGCUGAAGAAACUGCGCAGCGACUGAGCAGCACCGUUAGGCCGCACGCGUAUCUGCGUAUCUGGUGGAAAGACAUAUGUAUGUAGUGCAGUUGAGUCCGACAUUUGAGAGCAACAUUACCUACACUUUGCCACAACAACAUUCAAGAAAUUUUACUAUUAAGCAAAACUAAUUAUACAUAUAAUAUAUAAUAUAUAUAUACAACAAAGAAAGCAUAAAGAGAAACACAUAACAAGAAGAGCAGCACACAAACACACACACACACACACACACACACACACACACACACACACACACACACACACACACACACACACACACACUCACACACACACAAAAACACACAUACACAACGAGAACAUAACAUAGAAGGAGAACGAGAAGCAGCACAGCAGCAGCAGCACAUAACAUAACAUAGGCUUAACAGCAAAAGAAAAAAAAACAACAAAAAAAAACAAGAAAAAGGAGAACCCAUAAAAGAGAUACAUUUCACUAACACACCACACACACACA